GUGAUCCAUGGUCUGAGUUCAUGAAACUUCACAGAAUUCUCAUGAAAUUUCUUUAAUUUGAAAAUUCUGGAAGUAAAAAAGGUUAUCAAAAUCAAAUAAAUACUUACAAUUUCUAAAGAAACAAGUCAAACACAAGAAUUUGGCCCUCCAAUCCCUUUCUUCCGCAUGUCAGUUGAUCACCUCACCACCACAAGCAAGCAAGGCGGCCACACUCCCCCCUUCCCCUCUUUUGCUUGCUCCAGCCCAAGUCCUCCAUGUCCCCCGAACACCAACCUCGCCCCAAUUAGCCACUAACCAUAGGAUCUGAGCACCAAGCAGGCGCUGCGAGCUGAGGUUUGUCGACCAUGGCGCCCUAGGAUUCGAUUUCAAGAACCAUGGGGGUUCACGGAGGGGAAGUGCCAAGAAGAGAUAGGGGGGCGGUGAGGUGAUGGAGGCGGCGGCGCCCGUCGAGCACCUGGGCUACGACCAGGUGCUCUCCAUCCUGCGGCGCCUCCCCGCGGAGGCCGUGCUCUCCUUCGCCGCCACCUGCCGCGCCUUCCGCGCCUGGGCCUCCUCCGACGUGCUCUGGGAGGCGCUCUUCCGCCGCGACUGUGGGGGACGCGCCGCCGCCGCGCUCGCCGAGCGGCGCCGCGACCGGCCGUGGCGCCGCGUCUACGCCGAUGUCGCCCGGCUCGGUGCCCUGUCCGCGCGAAGGCUCCGGGUGAAAGGCGUCUCGCCACGGCCUCGCGCGUCGCACUCGCUCAACCUCGUCGCCGGCUGGCUCGUCGUCUUCGGGGGUGGCUGCGAGGGAGGUCGCCAUCUUGAUGAUAUUUGGGCAACAUAUGUUGGAAAUGGAGCUGGAAAUAGAUUGUCCAAUAUACUUAAUUGGCAGCAAUUGGCCUCUGGCACUCCAAGCGGCCGUUUUGGUCAUUCAUGCAUUCUUGUUGGUGAUGCACUAGUGCUGUUUGGUGGGAUCAAUGAUCGUGGGCUGCGUUUGAAUGACACAUGGAUAGGCCAAAUCAUUUGUGAAGAACCUUGCAGGAUGAGGAUCUCAUGGAGACUGCUGGAGGUAGGCCCACUUGCACCAUCUCCUCGUGGAGCUCAUGCAGCCUGCUGCGUGGAUGAUAAAUUCAUUGUGAUUCACGGUGGGAUAGGGCUGAAUGGAAGCCGGCUUGGUGAUACAUGGCUUCUUGAUAUCUCUGGUGGCCUUCAAUCUGGCAGUUGGCGCCAAAUGGGGGACACUGGACCUUUGCCGUCACCUCGUUCUGGCCAUACUUUAACUUGGAUUGGUGAGACACGCAUGGUUCUUUUUGGUGGUAGAGGAUCAGAAUAUGACGUGCUUAAUGAUGUCUGGCUGUUUGAUAUUGGUCAUCAUUUCCCACGAUGGAAGGAGCUAAAGUAUGAUUUGUCUAGUGUUCUAGGUGAAUUACCUUUUCCACGGGUUGGACAUUCAGCAACACAUCUCCUGGGAAGCAAGAUCCUUGUAUAUGGUGGGGAGGACUCACAAAGGCGGCGCAUGGAUGAUUUCUGGAUCUUAGAUGUGCCAGCUCUACUUCAGUUCGAGUCAGGUUCCAGGAAAAUGGCAAAGAGGAUGUGGAAAAAACUAAGGAUUGACGGCCAAUCCCCAAACUGCCGGUCCUUCCAUGGGGCAUGUGUAGAUACUUCUGAUUGCCGUGUGUAUGUUUUUGGUGGAAUGGUUGAUGCACUUAUCCAUCCUGCAGAAUCCUUGGGUUUGAGGUUUGAUGGGCAGCUGUAUCAAGUGGAGCUUGUUCUGCAUCUGUAGAAUCUGCAUGUUUUUCACCUUUGAGUCUGAAUUCUUAGGUUUACUGUUUAGAUCCUAAUAAUGCUAUAUUGUGUAGUAUUUCUUGUCACAACUAGUAGAUAAUAAAUCUAAAGAUCUCGCUCAAAAUAUUUAGAUGAUCAAGAUCUCCACGUUGACAUUUCGCCUGCCAGAUUUUUGCCAUUGUAAUGAUGCUGAAAACUGGCUACUGUCUGUCAAGUGCGUAUAGGUGAACCUGUCACUGAUCUGUGAAAGGAACAGUGAUGUGAUGUUAUUUUCGCCACUAAGAAUGAGUUUGCCUGCGUAUGGGUUCAAAUUGA